AUGAGCGCCAUCCGAGGCUUUCUCAACGUCUUCAGGGCCCGCAGCGUCCCCGUACCUGCGGGGCGCAUCAUCAACCUUAAACCCCUCAGCGACAGCACCUCCAACACUCGCGUGGGGACCGCCUUUCUCGAGCGCUGCAAUCCCUUCAGAGACAUCCCCAACGAUGCCCGUCUCGAAAACACCCUCUGCGAAGUCCGCUACAUCGACCGCACCCUGCGCGACUUGAUGGUUCCGACGUCCUUACCCGGCGACGAUUACAACCUCUGCUCGAAGCUGCUGCGCAGUCUUGAAACGCGUCGCGAUUUGACCUGGCUUGUCCUCCGCGAGACGGAUAUUAGAGAUACUGUUAGCGCUAUUGCGCGCAGAGGCGGACGGAGAGCUCCUAUUCCUGAUGAGCCUCAUGAUCUUCACUCGAGGGUCAAGGCUCUUGAGCGACAUUGGUCAGCGCUGGAAAAAUGCCACACCAAGCUUAGAGAAUGGGAGCCCAAAUAUGCCACGCAACCACAGCCGCCGUUGUUGGAAGGGCAGGAAGCGUACGAUCUCGAAUUGAAUGAUGAGCAGGCUACACAUGCAGAAAUUGAAUACCGCGAGUGGCGCUCUGAUCGGGACAGAAAGGUUUCAUACUUGAAACUGAAUCCCCCAGAACCAUCUGCAUUUGUGCCAGUUGAGCGUCGCGACAUCCAAACCGACGAAACGUGGAAUAUUUUACCUACAUCAAAAGGCCACUACGGAAAGCGUCUACUACCAGUCUGGACACCCAUCCUCUUCCAAGAAGUGCCACUAGACUGGGAGAGUCCUCAAGGCCCGUUACUAAGUACACGGGCUGAAAGGAGACGCAGAGAUCAGUUCCGAACAAGGGAGAAUAAUCGACGAGAGAAGAAGUACGAGUUUCAAAAACAACUUCGACAACAGAUGAGCGAGGCAUGA